UCCGGAGAGCAGAUGCUCCUGGUCAUUUUCCUAAAACCAGAAUGUACAAAGAGGUUGCUCGGUAGAAAUCAAAAAGACCCUGUACAUGCUUGAUCUGAUCUGCCCCCACUCCCGGUAAAUUCCGGCUGCAUCCCCGUAGCCCUGACUCAUAUCACGUGUUAUGAUAUUGCCUGGCCCACUCAUGAGUCGCGUCUAUUCAACGAUCUACAUGAUCAAACCGAUCGCAUUCUCACAUCAAUCCAGAGGCCACUAAAACGAACCCGCAGACUAUUGUUAUGUCGAGUCGACCGACCCUUGUCUUUAUACCAGGCUCCUGGCACAGACCUACAUGCUACGACCCGAUCAUCAAGCUCCUGGAGCCCAAGUUGCGAUGCGUCACAGUGUCUCUUCCCUCGACAGCAUAUAAUCCCGAAGCGACCUUCAAAGACGAUAUCGAUGCAGCCCGGGAUGUGAUUUCCACUGAAACAAGUACCGGGCGCAACGUUGUUGUCAUCGCGCACUCCUAUGGCGGCAUGGUUGGCAACAGCGCUAUCAAAGGCUUCACAGGGCCAAAAGACGCUGAUGACGAUCGACCGGGAUCCGUGAUCGGACUAAUCCUCGUCGCCUCUGGCUUCACCUUGGCUGGUCUGUCUUUCAUGGAUCCGUUCUUCGGUCAUCCGCCACCUUCUUGGCGUGUUAAUAAUGAGACCGGCUACGCGGAGCUUGUCACUCCCCCGCGCGAACUGUUCUACCACGACCUACCUGAGGGAGAGGCAGAAUACUGGGUUUCUCAGCUGACGAGUCAGAAUCUGAAGGCUUUGUUCGAAGGCGGCGAGUACAGUUACGCCGGGUGGAAAGACGUGCCGUCUUGGUAUAUCGGGACUGUGGAGGAUCGGGGGUUACCGGUCCUGGCUCAGCGGAUGUCAGUUGGCAUGGCGAGAGAGAUGGGGGCUAGUGUGGAGCAUCGAGAGCUGCAGACGAGCCAUUCGCCCUUUCUCAGUCAGCCUGGAUUGACAGUGGAAAUCAUUUUGGAGGCUGUUGAUGCUUUUACCAAUUCCAGGAGCGAUGAGUCUAAGGCUGCGAUUGAUAGAGCUGGAAAUGGGAUAGUCGUGCCGCGUGCUGGCCUCUUCAAACCACUGACGUGGUUCAAAUUUGGACUGCCGAUGGGUGUUGGCCGUGUGUUGGGCAGAUGCAUUCUUUUGUUUGGCUGGGGAAGGAGGCUGUGGAGGACCGGAUUUCGUUGAUUGGUAGUCGUUGGUCGACGGAGCUUUUAGAUAGCUGUGCUGACGUUUGUUACGUUCUUGCAUAUAUCCUAAUGACAGGAAGCUUACUCCACUUCGCCAAGUUGGGCUAUCUAUGAAGAGCGCUGGGAUGUUGGCGCUUGAGGUAGCACCAGUGGGGUUGGAGAAUGGCGAGUUGGGUUGUGGUUGUUUUUGGUCCUGCCACUCUAGACGGGCGAGAUUUGCAAU